GACAGGACCAGGAAAACAACAUUUUUGAUUGUUGGGGUAGUUUUACGUCGCUGAAAGUAACCUGGUGCUAUUUAUUUCGGAAGUGAUUUGAUUUGCCGGAGAGGCACGAUUGUUUUUGUAAACCAGUCUACUUGCGUGAGCAAUAGAUACAAAGUUACACCUCCUAGCCCACUGUAUACUUCUGGGACGACUACUCGUUGCAAUGGACCACUGGAAUUAAGGGAUUUGGGACUCGUUUUGCGUUUUGGAUUAACAAUUAGGUUCGUCCUCUUCCGUGUGGUGUGAAAACGGAUAGUCGGCAGUCAUGCCAGCGAAAACAAAGUACAAUCUAGUUGAUGAUGGCCAUGAUUUGAGAAUUCCAUUGCAUAACGAGGAAGCAUUCCAACAUGGUAUCAACUUCGAAGCAAAGUACAUCGGGAGUCUGGACGUGGCUCGGCCGAACAGCAGAGUGGAGAUCGUGGCUGCUAUGAGGAGAAUACGGUAUGAAUUCAAAGUGAAAAACAUAAAGAAGAAGAAGGUCAACAUCAUAGUCUCAGUGGAUGGAGUGAAGGUGGCACUCAGAAAAAAGAAAAAAAAGAAGGAGUGGACGUGGGAUGAGAGUAAGAUGAUGGUAAUGCAGGAUCCCAUUUACAGGAUCUUCUAUGUAUCUCAUGACUCCCAGGACCUGAAGAUCUUCAGCUACAUCGCCAGAGACGGACAGAGUAACGUCUUCCGCUGUAACGUCUUCAAGUCCAAGAAGAAGUCCCAGGCCAUGCGUGUCGUGCGGACGGUGGGCCAGGCAUUCGAGGUGUGUCACAAACUCAGCUUGCAACACACACACCAGAACGCAGAUGGACAGGAGGACGCAGACAGCGACAAGACCUGCAACGAGAAGUCCACACUCUCAGCCCGGGAGUUAACAGGAGCGGAGAAGUUGGUGGUUGCUGUGGAGACAGACAUUGAUGCGGAAGAGGCUCCUUUACCGUUACCGGACAGUACGGUCGAGGAGUUUAACCGCGGGGUCACUGACUUGGACGGACUGGACGCUACUGUCAAGACUGACCACACACACCUCAACAGCAUCGACAAGGUUCCAGAGGAGGCCUCUCUGUUGCUGGUGUCCCCCAGGAUGCUGCUGCCGUCGUCGGGUACUCUGCUCAACAGUGCUCCCCUGUCAGUCCACCACCAGAUCCAGCUGCUACAGCAACAACUACAGCAACAACAGCAACAGACACAUGUAGCUGUGGCACAGGUGCACCUGUUGAAGGACCAGCUGAGUGUGGAGGCUACAGCCAGACUGGAGGCCCAGGCCAGAGUCCACCAGCUGCUGCUCCAGAACAAGGACCUGCUGCAGCACAUCUCUCUACUGGUCAAACAGAUCCAGGAACUGGAGGUCAAAAUGUCUGGGCCCAGCUCCAUGGGUUCCCAGGACAGUCUAUUGGAGAUCACUUUCCGUUCCACCGUCCCCCCGGUGUUGUGUGACCCAACGACCCCGCGACCCCAGGACCACGCCAACCUCAACCUGCCAGCGCUGGGCAUCAACAUGGGCGUGGGCCAGGACGGGACGGUCACCCCCCUCUUCUCUUCCUCCCUGCCCCUGGGCAGCCCCCUAGUCGACCAGAGUAUGUUUGAGAACUCCAACGCCUCCAGAGCUCCAGGCCAGGGGCUCCAGGCCUCCAGGUUGACCCAGGCCUCGGCCCGUCGCUCCCUGGUUACAGCUAACACUGGCCUGUGUAGCGGCCCUGCCGAGGCCCCCUCCUCCACCACUACCAAUGGAAGUCAGCAGAGGCUGAAGAACGCCCUGAACCUGGGAAAGGCUGUUGGGGCAAAGGUCAAUGACCUGCUGCGAAGGAAAGAGCCCAGUCAUAUAGGAGACAUCGGUGUCACAGAGGUCAACAAGAACGUAGGAGCAAUCUGGAGCAAUAUGGAGGAAAUGACCCAGCGGACUACUUCCAAUAGUCAUGCCUCUCUGGACUCCUUCCCUCGUCUGGACCCCCCUCCCCCCGGUAAAAAGCGUCUUCCUCGCACCCUGAAGACUACCCAGGACAUGAUGAUCUCAUCUGACCCCGUCGUCACUACACCCCCCGAGACCCCCGAUCACUCCCUCCUCUCCUCCCCCAUCAAGACCUCCCUCAUCAGCAAUGAGCAGACCCCACCCCAGGGAGAGAAGUAUGGAGAGAAUGACAGAGGGAGAGACACACUCACCGGACUGACUGGCCCUCUGGACAGCGAGAGGAAAGAGGAGGUGGAGAUGGAGAGGAAUGGGAGCAGUGAGAUGGAUGGAGUGGAAGGGAAUGAGAUGGAGGAG